AUGGAGGUUUGUGGCGGCAUCAUACAAGAAGUGUGGGACGAGUCCUAUCGAGAUUUCCAUAUUGUGGUGGCCUCAAAUGACGAGCCUGUUGCAAAACGACAGAAGCAAUACUACAAUGCCUUCGAAGAGCAUUGCGAACAGUCCCGUAUCGACUCCAUACAGACAGAGCCUCUACUGGACGACGACACGAUUGGCGACGAAUACGAACGAUGGCAAUCGAGCCAUGAGAGCACCGACAAGACUGUGCGAGAUCCGAUAGCGUAUUGGCAUGAGAAGCGCCUGCAAUACCCUCGUCUCUCCCGAAUGGCCCUCGACUUUGUCACAAUACAAUCAAUGUCUGCAGAAUGUGAGAGGAUGUUCUCGGCAGCAGGGCAGAUGGUUGUUCCCCAACGGUGCAAUCUUCAGGCGCAAACAGUUGGGAUGUGUCAGGUAUUGAGGUCGUGGUUUCGGGCAGGCAUUAUCAACGACCUAGAUCCGUUAUUUCUCUCGAUCAUAGAGGAGAAGAAAGAGCUCGAGGGCAUCCAUCUUAAUGAUGAUGAGUUCAGAAGACGGGAGCUAUCGUGGCUCGCUGCCGCGGCGAAAACAGCUGGCCAUUGA